AUGCAGCGGCCGAUCGCGGGCCGUCUGAAGCACGCGGGGUCGACGCCGCUCGUGGUCGUAGCGGACGACGUGCCGCCCAUCAGAAUCGCGGAGCGCCGUGCGAUCGACCACCUGAGCGAUCUCGACCAUCCACGUGGCUCCCCGCUCGCCAGUGGCAAGCACGCGAGCCCACAAGCCGCCGCCUUCCGCGCGUCCUCCGCCGGCGGCGGCGUCGCCUCCCCGGUCGCCGCCUUCUCCCCCGCGGCGCUCUCCCGCGAGUUCGCUCUCGCCGCCGGCAGCCACUUCCACGGCAGCCCCGCGCACGCGCACGCGGGACACGGCGCACACGCGGGCCACGGGGUGGGGGGAAGCGGAGCGGCGGGCGCGGAGAGGGCGGGCGGGGGCGCGGUGGUGUCGAACGUGGCGGUGGUGGCGGUGCUGCUGCUGCUUCUGAACCUGUCCACCAUCUACCUCUUCUUCCAGUCAGGGCUCUCCUCGCGCUCCCUCUCCGCCGCCUCCGCCGACAUCCGCCUGCGCAGCGCCCCGCAGGAGCGCGCCAUGGCGCACCACGCCGCGCUCUCCAGCGACCCCCCCGCCCGCCCACGUCCCAUGAUGUCUCUCCCACCCAUUUCCCUCCCCACCACCCCCCCUCCCCUCCCCAUUCUCAAACCCACCCUUCCUCCUCUCCCCCCUCCCAGCACGCAUGCAGGUGGGGGGGCAAGCAGCAAUCCGGUGCAGGCGGAGGGGGGGGCGGGCAUGGGGAGGGGCGUGGGUGCGCAUCUGAGCGCGGCAGUGAGGGCGAGGGAGACGGUGAACGGGCGGCUGUUUCACAUCGCGCCGGGGCUGGCGGCCAGCAAGGUGCCCUGGAACGCCACCGACAACUCGGGCAAGUGGGACGUGAGGUCGUUCUCGCUCAUGCCGGGGGUGUUCCUGCUGCAGCAGCCCGACGACUUCGCCUGUGUGCUGCUCAUCCAGGACGCCUGCUACGUGCACAUGACAGGUCCACUGCUGCAGCACGCACGGUGGUUCUCGGCCAAGAAAGCACCUUUACUUGCACUUAUGAGUUAUCGCCUCAUACCCACCUCCUGUCUCCCCACCCCCUCCUCCCCACCGCUCCCGCAGGCCCUUCGUGCCGGCACACAGCAUCAGCGGGCAUGUGGUAUGCAGACGAGGGUGUGCGCCACUUCACUCCAUCACCACCUCCAACCACCUCUGCUCUCCCAUCCGUCCGCUCCUCCCCCCCCGCCGCUCCCCCCUUCCCUUGCCCUCUCCUCUCCCCCAGGUCCAUCGCGGCUGCACGCGCCGAUGGCGGGCAUGUGGUUUUCGGACGAGGGCGUGCGCGACUUCAAGCGCAUCAGCACCUCCAACGACCUCUGCUCGCUCUUCCCCGACGCCCUCGCCGACCAUCAAGACCACGCCUGGCGCUCCCUCUCGCCCCGAGAGGCCCGCGCUGCCCUGGAACGAGAGGGCACUGUUGGGAGAGAUGUGUCACCACCCACCCCACCCCAGCAGCAGCAGCAGCAGCAGCAGUCAGCAGCACCCGUGGUCCUGUCGGGGUUUGAGAACCAGGCACCGGGGUUCACGGACGAGUUUGACGAGGAGCUGCACGACAUCACGGACAUCAAGCGCCGUGAGAACCGCGUGUACGGCCGCUUCGAGAGCGCGCACGCGGUGGCGCGCUACCUCAACCUCAGUGACGCAGCUAGUCGGGCGCGGAUGGCCAAGGGGCCGAAAGGGGGGCGCGUGGAGAAGGUGGGGUAUGUGCCGCGGCAUAACACGUACAUGGGGGAUUUUGGCGAGGCCGUUGUGCCGCUCAUGCAGGCCGCCGGUGAGUGCUUCGCCACCUCUUUGUCUCCCUCUCUCAUGUCAUUCUCGCCUCCUUGUCUCCCUCUCUCAUGUCAAUCGCCUCCUUGUCUCCCUCUCUCAUGUCAAUCGCCUCCUUGUCUCCCUCUCUCAUGUCAAUCGCCUCCUUGUCUCCCUCUCUCAUAUCAAUCGCCUCCUUGUCUCCCUCUCUCAUGUCAAUCGCCUCCUUGUCUCCCUCUCUCAUGUCAAUCGCCUCCUUGUCUCCCUCUCUCAUAUCAAUCGCCUCCUUGUCUCCCUCUCUCAUGUCAAUCGCCUCCUUGUCUCCCUCUCUCAUGUCAAUCGCCUCCUUGUCUCCCUCUCUCACGUCAAUCGCCUCCUUGUCUCCCUCUCUCAUGUCAAUCGCCUCCUUGUCUCCCUCUCUCAUGUCAAUCGCCUCCUUGUCUCCCUCUCUCACGUCAAUCGCCUCCUUGUCUCCCUCUCUCAUGUCAAUCGCCUCCUUGUCUCCCUCUCUCAUGUCAAUCGCCUCCUUGUCUCCCUCUCUCACGUCAAUCGCCUCCUUGUCUCCCUCUCUCAUGUCAAUCGCCUCCUUGUCUCCCUCUCUCAUGUCAAUCGCCUCCUUGUCUCCCUCUCUCAUGUCAAUCGCCUCCUUGUCUCCCUCUCUCAUGUCAAUCGCCUCCUUGUCUCCCUCUCUCAUGUCAAUCUCGCCUCCUUGUCUCCCUCUCUCAUGUCAAUCGCCUCCUUGUCUCCCUCUCUCAUGUCAAUCGCCUCCUUGUCUCCCUCUCUCAUGUCAAUCGCCUCCUUGUCUCCCUCUCUCAUGUCAAUCGCCUCCUUGUCUCCUUGUCUCCUUUGCACCUGGUGCGCGCCCCCCCAUCGGACCCAUCAAAGGACACGAGGGGGGAGGGGCGCGUGGUGUUCUUCCCGGGGGAGCAUGAGGUGCGCAGCGCGUGGACGGCUGACAUGGCGCACAUCCUCUUUGGCCCCAAGGCUCUGCUGCUGCUCGGCCACUCGCCCGGGCUCAAGGUGUGUUUCCGCAACGCACUCUUCCCGCUGAACCGCCUGCACACGGCGCAGGCAGCGGACACGCUGAGGCAGUGGGCGCUGCUGGGCGCGGGGGGGCGCAGCAAGGGCAAGGGCAAGAAGGGGAGGCAGUCGGGUGUGGUGCGCGUGAAAGUGCUGCGCACCAGCCGCAGCCUGCCGCCCGAGCCAGCCACAACUGGAUCCCAGGUGCCCCCUGCGCCGCGGCGCAUGAGGUGGCAGGUGACGGUGCUGGAGCGCGAGAGGGGGCGGUCGGUGAUGAACGGGCAGGAGGUGGCGCGCGUGGCACAUGCUCUCUUCCCCGAGAUGCCGCUGCUCAUCGCCCGGGUCGGCAAGGCCUCUGCCUCUGACCACGCUCUGCUGCUCAAGAACACCCUGGUGCUGAUAUCCCUGCACGGCACGCCGCUCACCACGGCACUCUUCAUGCCGCGCGGCUCAGUGGUGGUGGAGCUCUUCCCCUACAAGUUCCUCAGCACGCUCUACAAGAAGAUCGCCAUGCGCUCCGGCGUGCACUACCUCGCCUGGCGCAACAUCCAUGACAUCAGCGCCUUUUUCCGCAACUCGUGCAUGAAGGACGGGGGGUUCACGCACCUGCCCGAGGAGCAGUGCUGGAAUAUUCACGAAUGUGUGGCGUGCGCGCGUGAUCAGAGCAUUACGAGGGUAGAUCGGAGGGAGUUCAAGGAGGUUAUGGCCAAUGCGAGAAUGCUUGUCAGAACGCUUGUUUACAAUAAUACCGUGUAG